CCGCAUUAUCCUCCCAGUCACCACAAUAAAUCACACUUGUCUCGCCGGUGCUGACCCACGGCAUCCCCUUCCUGCGUCGCCCUGGAUACGUAGCAUAUCAGCCUUAACCUCCUCAAGCUCCCAGCUCACACCACCCUCCUUGUCGUGAGACAAGCUUUUCACCUCCCUGCGUUGCCCUACUUUUUUUCUCCGUGGCAUCAAUACCGCAUCUCCCUUAGGUUGGGCUCGACUGCAGCACAUCACAACCGAGUCUCAGUUCCCUGCCCGGCAGUUUUGUUUACACGCUUUGCAGCACACGUUGCCCCUCGGUGCCAUCAUUCAUCUUUCUCACAUUUUUCCAACCACGCGAGGUAUACGCGGGCCACAUUGAAGCCAAUUGACACAAUGGGCGGUUUCUACAUGCAGUACCUGGAAAGCCUGUGCCGGAGGCGAGGAUGGCAUGACCCCAUGUAUGAAUGCUACCGGGACUCUAAUGGCUACACAUGCCUGGUCCUGGUUAAUGGGCGCGAGUACCAGACGGAUCUCGCAUACGAGUCGAGCACCCUGGCUCAGGAGAAUGCGGCCAUGCGCGCGUUUAUGGUCUGCCGGAACUUCUCGGUCAAUGGCGGCAUGCUCGCCCGCAACGGGAUUGUCCAGGGCCUGCCUGCCGAUGACACGAGUCGCAAGGCCAGAAAGGGCAGCCGGCACACGUCCUCGUCCAAUCACGGACACCGGAGCAGGUCUGGCCAUCACUCCAGCAGCAGCUCGACCACCUCACUAGAGUGAGGCUGCGGGACAGAGCCGCAUUCCUUGUGUGACGGGACUCCCGGGGACAGGAUUGAGAUUCGUUGAAUCCUAAGAUCUGCCCUUCGAACCACCCACGGAUCUGGAUAUCCAGGCCCAAUCAACGGAGAGCAGAAAGGCUCAAACCACCUUACCACCAUUCAAACGCCAUGCCUUUUUUUAUUUUUUUUGCGAUACACUCGGACAAGGCUUCACAGCGACAGGGCGGGG